GAGCGAAUAAAGAUCAAGUAUAUAGAAAAUUCCGCGCCACUACCCGGAUACAUCACAAAGCUACAGGCGCCAUAUCCCCAGAAAAGUCGACCGCGUUGAAGGCUGCCAUUGCCAUUCAACCAUUUAUUAUUCUGCGAAGGGCAAUGUUGACAAACUCGGAACGCUCUUCUCUGGGGCCUUCACUUGCACGCUUCCAGUCUCAAGCGAUACAUAAAUGCGUCUCUUUUCAAAGCAUUCUGUAAUCUACCUAUGUAAGGGUCAGUGGUCGUUGCUACCCGAACUAAAGGCCUAGAAGAAAAAGAAGAAACUGAAGAACAAUGUUCUCGACUUCAGAACGGGGAAAUUCCGACAGAGAGAUAACGCAGACUGAUUCUCGCCUUCCCUCUCUUCAUUCUCGACGAUAAUUUAUACAGCUUCGAAGGUGGAAUCUGCUCUACUGACAUUCACAAUCGGACACUUCAAAAACGGAUCACCGAACGAAUCGAGCGCGAGGCAGCAGAGAGGCCGAAUCUUCUCGGCUGCGACGAGAUCAACACAAGCGACCGCGGGCUGGCCCAUCCGUCGCUGCACGUCGGGGCACCCGAAUGCCGGAGAGGAAAUCGCCAUCGCGCCUGCCUGCUUCCAUUAUCCGACCCUCGCCCGCGAGCUCUCUUUCUCUUCUUCGUUCGCAGGCGAGCUUCCUGAAAGCGAUUCAAAUGUGGAGCGGCAAACCCAACGUGCCGUGAAGCAAGAAAACGACUACCGUUACGCAGUUUGAGUUUCGCUUUGAUUCACACGACGGUGACGUUGAGCCACGAACGGUGUACGUAUGAAAGGCCCCGGCCGUCAGCUCGGAAUUAUAGGGUCGGGGUGGCUUUAGUGGAAAGUGUUGUGAGGGUCACUCAUCUCUGUGAGCUGGACACUGGUCAACAUUGGCCCAAAAGUCUUCCCGAGGAAAGUCAGCAACCCACCCGCACAAGGAGGAACCUCAUACUCAGCUAGCAGAGGAGGAAAUUUCUGAUUGCAUAUAUGGGAUGGUCUGGAGGGAUGGAGGAUUUCGAUUCGGCGACAAUACAAAGUUCAUUCUGAGCGACGCUACUUUCUCGCACUUAUAUUAGAACUUGUCUUCUGACGAGGAGGAGAAGUAAAUGGAUCACAUCCUCUCCAUACUCUCCGAUUACGUCGUCGGCCGUCGAUCACGCAAGUUAAAUGCAAUGUCUCUGCCCCCUGCGAAUUCGGCCACUGCCGCCCCGAGGUUAAGCGACUCUGUAUACGAACUUCACAAGCCAGGAGUUGAAUCACUGCUGGACGUUGUACUCUUUCAUGGCCUACAAUCGUCACACACCUCUGUAGCUCACUUAUCAACAUGGAGGUCACGCGGUUGGCAAAAGGAAGUAUGGCCGAUGACCUGGCUCCCGGAAGAGUUUCCUGGAGCUCGGAUUCUGUCUGUCACGUACGAUGCUUGUACCACAACAUCAGCAGAGCAUGGAAGAUUAGACCUCUACUGCACAGCCGAAAAUUUGAUGCAAGAUCUUAUAUCUGCAAAGGUGGGGCAGCAUCCUCGCGUCCAGUUAUACUUGUCGGUCACAGUUACGGAGGCUUGGUGAUAAAACAAAUGUGCCUCCACGCGCACCGCACAGAAAGCUUGCACCUCUCUAAGGAACAAAUGGCUGGAUUUCUCAACUGCGUCAAAGGAAUUUUCUUCUAUGGAAUGCCCCAUCACGGAAUGUCAUCUUUCUUGAGUCCGAAUGGAACACACCUGAAAGAUGCUAGCCCUCUAGUGGACUAUGUGAAGCUGCUUUGCACACAAUCAGCUCGCCUUCAUGAAGAUUUUGAUGCUUUACGAUGGUCCUACAAGUGGAGCAUUGCUGGAGUCGGAGAAUCAAAACCUACUAGGUUUACUAAUACCGAAGCGGGGUCUCAGAAUGCUGUUGCAGUUAGCAGUGAGAUGAUAGUAAAUGAGGCUUCAGCUCGGUACGGCGACUUCACUGUGGAGCGUGAGGAUCAUGUCUCUCUCUGCCAGCCCGAGAGCAGGACUUCAAAUACUUACAUACGUUUGACAGCGUUCAUUCAACGUAUUGAUGACAAUAAGGUGAAUAGGAGGAGACUUCCUGAUAAUUUCCAGAGGGUGCCGAAGAUGGCAAUGAGCCUACAUUCUCAACUCUUCGUACAGGUUCAAAUCAUCUUACGUACAGCUCCAACAGUAGGUCUUUGCGGCAUGGGCGGUAUAGGGAAAUCAACUCUCGCAAAGCUGUCGUUCAAUGAAUUGUGUGCUGAAUUUGAAUACACGUGUUUUGUUCCUGGAUUUAUGUUGAAGGGAGAUUACAAAGAAAUAGAACGCGGAGUGUAUUCAUCUAUGUAUCACCAUGGCCAACAAGUUGCAAGAAGUGGAGAAAACAAGGAGUGGAAACCCACUGCUUUGAGACUGAAGACACUUCUUUUCAUUCUGGAUGAUAUUGACAAUGAUAGGCAUGUUGAACUUCUCCAAUACAUAUCUUCGCUGAAUGAUUGCGAGAACAGUCGCUACAUUGUUACCUCUCGAGAUAGGGAUAUACUGAACAGGUCGGCUGCAUGCGUGUACGAUGUGAAACUCUUGAAUCACAAGAGCUCCAAAGAGUUAUUUAUGAGCUACGCAUUUCCUUAUUCGACAGAACCGAAUUCAUCAUUGACACAAUGGGUAGACAAGAUCGUUGCAAAAUGUGAUGGACUACCGUUAACCUUGGAGGUGAUGGGCAAAUAUCUGCUGAGGAAAGUCAGUGAAAGCAUAUGGAGACAGUGUCUCGUCGCUUUGGAUGAGGCAGACAACGUAGUCGGUUUGAAUGAACGGUUGUGGGCAAAAUUGAAAGUGAGCUAUGAUCGUCUGGGUAGUCAGGAGAAAGAAAUAUUCCUUGAUGUUGCCUCUUUCUUCAGCAAUUCCUCGUGGAACUUACUAGAAGCCAAAUCUAGUUGGCGUGUGCUUUAUGGCUACGAAGAUCUCCGAUGGCAGACUCUGGUAGAUAUGUCUCUCGUCUACGAUGUUGGCGAAAAAAAAAGUAUACAAAUGCAUGAGCAAUUGAGAUCUUUGGGAAUUAAACUGGCUUCGGAGUGGGGAACAUGUGGCAGAUGUAGGACUUGGAUUAAGAAAAAUGUCCCCUCGAGGUUUAAUUCCCCAAACUACGAUGAGAGGAUCGCAGAAGUACAAUCCUAUUCAAGUGAUCCACAUCCUCACUCAUCGAGCACUGGCACGGAAACGCAUAUUGAGGAGGUCAUGGCGCUACGACUUGAAGACUCGAUGCCCCUCACCUGGAGAGAUAUUUGCCAGAUGAAGAAGCUGCAAUAUUUGGAUUCCGAGAAGGAGUUGAUGUUGGAUGAAGAAGGUGGCAAGCUUCCAGAGAACUUGGUCCUUCUUCGAUGGCGUGGAGAAGUGGACAGUCUUCAUGACCUGGUCGACGGAGGUUCUGCGAGCCAUUUGGCUGUUCUGGACUUGAAAGCACCGCUCACAUGUUUGCCAACAACCAUCGGCGAGUUCCGAAACCUUGAAGUUCUGAAAUUCCAUGGCGGCCUCUUCCAAGGUCUUCCCGAAUCGUUUGUACAACUUCCCAGUCUUCGUCAUCUGACAUUUAGCAAUUGCCGUAGACUUCGUUCACUCCCCGAAGCUUUCGGACGGCUCUCACAGCUUGGAUUUUUGGAACUUAAAUUUUGUCGUAAUCUUGAAGCAUUGCCCGACUCGAUCGCCCAGCUCCCCCGCCUGCACACUUUGUUCAUCGAGGGAAGGAACAAACUUCAAAGGUUGCCCGAGGGUGUCGGAACUCUAUUCCAUCGACCAAGACUGUUGGUUGCACAUGUGCCAAAACUGCCUCAGUACAUCGAACAUACCAUGCAUGUCAUUAAUAUUGGUUUCAGCACGCCAUAUAUAGUACCCUGCCAAGCCUUACUGGAAUUUUGUAGGCAGAAUCCGAUCAUUCCAGAUAUUGAAAACUUUCUUGAAGACGAGCCUGACAUGCACCAAUUUUCGAAGAUUCCAUUAAUCCGUCCUCCCUCAUCAAUGAAGGCAGGGAAGCGGAUUGUGAGAGCUACUUGGGUGGAAAACCUCGAGUUGCCCUUUUCUUCUUCGCCGAGACAGAUCGAGGUGCAGAUCAUUCAUAAUAUACGUUUUCGAAAUCAUCGAGAUUACCAUGCAUGUCAUUAAUAUUGGUUUCAGCACGCCAUAUAUAGUACCCGGCCAAGCCUUACUGGAAUCUUCUAGGCAGAAUUUGAUCAUACCAAAGGGAGUCUCUCCGAUCAUUCCAGAUAUUGAAAAAUUUCUUGAAGACGAGCCUGACAUGCACCAUUUUUCGAAGAUUCCAUUAAUCCGUCCUCCCUCAUCAAUGAAGGCAGGGAAGCGGAUUGUGAGAGCUACUUGGGUGGAAAACUUCGAGUUGCCCUUUUCUUCUUCGCCGAGACAUUUCCAGAGUUCAAUGUAAUGUUUUUACAUGAGAACGAAGCAUGUAUGUUAAAUCAAUCAUGUGUUUGCAUCAUGUUUCUGAAUGAGAAAUC